AUGGAUCACCUCACGCCUAACACAAAAAGGUUUGCACAGGGGAAGGAGUGUAUCUUCAGACUGACUGGCUUCCUCUGCAGCCUCUUAUCUUCAGCAUUUGGAAUAAUCCUUGCAAGCAGCCAAUAUUGGCGCCUUUGGGAAUUUGAUAAUAAGGUGGUUAAGCUUGUGUACAUUGGACUCUGGGAAGCUUAUUACCAUCAGGAGUUUAACAUCUCUGGUUCUGUAACCUGGAUUCUGGUGCACAGCCCUGUCAACUCGACCUGGACCAUUUCACCUGAAUUUAGAUGUGCACAGAGCCUGAUAUUAUUGGCUAUCUUUGUAAAACCUGUGGUGGUAAUUUUUAGCUCAGCAGCCAUUAGGGUUAGCAUUAUCAGAGCCUCGGUCCCUGACAUUCAGAUACUCUGCUACAAGUGUUGUGUCUUAAUUCUGCUUCUCAGCAGCCUUUGCACAGCUCUUUCUGUGACCUGGAACCAUGUAGUAGAUCUUUAUGGUAAAACCACUCUUGAUUUUCCACCCACCUUUCCUGUUAGGAAAGAAGCCCUUAUAAAGAAACACUACACGCAUGUGUUCCCCAUAGGGGUUCUCACAGCCACCUUGUCACUCUUUGCUAUGAUUAUGUUCGUCUUUGAAAUCAGGUCAUUGAAACUACAGAGUAACCUGAAUUCUCAGCAUGCUUCCAAACAGGCCAAUCAAAAGGUCUGA